AUGCAAAAGUCCGGCAAGCCGCGUUUCCUUAUCGACGGCUUUCCACGUAAUAAAGAUAACCUGGACGGAUGGAAUCGUGUGAUGUCGGACAAAUCAAAACUCUUGUUCGUAUUAUUCUUUGAAUGUUCGCGAGAUAUAUGCACAGAGAGGUGCCUAGGGCGGGGCGCGGCGGGCAGCGGCCGCUCCGAUGACAAUCUGGAGAGCUUGCAGAAGAGAUUCAACACAUAUAUAAACGACACCAUGCCUAUUAUCAACCACUACGACGAGUUAGGUUUAGUGAAGAGGAUAAAUGCUGAGUCGGUUCCUGAGGAAGUGUUCCAAGGAGUCAAGAAAGCGUUUGAUGGCGCCGGACUCCACAGGAUAGCUAAUUAA